AUGUUCACAGGUUUUGGUCGAGGCGCGCUUACCGGAUGCGGCUAUGCGAGUAAAACGGCAGGUUUAGGCGAGCCUUCGGAAGUGCACCCCACUUCUGGGACGAAGCUUGACGAACAACUUUUCUACAACCCCACCGCGACCAUGUCUCUAGCACGAGGAGAACGCGUGUAUUUUGAUUUAGAUAACGGAAAUAUCGAGCCUGCAGGCGUGGGACAAGAAAUCGACGAUGCACCGCGGCCCGCGCUUACAUCCGCCUUCGUAGGCGACAUUCUCGAGCGCCCCGCUAGAGAGGUCGCGCAUCCGCCCGUGGCACCGUCGCUCAUAGCAAAUGUCAACGGAUUCCCGGCACAUAAGAAGCGCAAACCUAGGGUGUCUGCGUUUAAGAGGGAGAGGUUUGCGAAUGAAGAUGCAAAGCCAAAGGAAGCGAUACAGCGGACAGAGGACGUGAAGAAAGAACGAGUGCACAUCACGGGCGCGAGGGGACAAGAGGACGAUGAGAAGAGGCAAAUUGAUCAGGAGAAUAAAAAGAGGCUGGCGAAUAUGACGAAUGAAGAGAUUGAACAGGAGCAGAGGGAGUUGUUAAUGAGUCUACCGUCGAGCUUGGUACAGAGGCUCUUGGGAAGAGCCAAUGUAGCGGAUGGGAGUAAUGAGAAGGACUGGGAUGUACCGAAAGAUUCGGUGCCAGAGAAUUUUGAGAUCAGAGAGAACGAAGCAAUAACAGAGUCUAUGAAGAUACAAAAACUCUUAGGGAGAGCUGAUGUUGCGGAUGGGAGCAAUGAGGAAGACUGGGACGCACCAAAGGAAACGGGGUCGGAGACGCCUGUGGCAAGGGAGAGGGAGUCUAAGGCAGUGUCUACGAAGAAAGUCGCCUUCGUAGAGCCGUCGCCAGCGCAAUCUGAACUGCCUACCUCAACAGACCCCGCGGUUCCCGGAGCAGAGCUCGCCGAGGAGCACAGCUCAAUACAUUUCCCCCGCCCAACACAACCCCCCGAUCUCGACCCUAACGAUCGGGCCUUCCUCCAAAACCUCCACGAAAAGUACUUCCCUAACCUCGCCUACGACCCCUCAACGCUCUCCUGGAUGACACCAAUUGACCCAGCCGAUACAAAAUCGCCCUACCACCCCUCGCACCAAGCCUUUAACGCCCGCGACCUUCGCUUCGACUUCAAAGGCGCUCUCCUCGCACCCUCCGUCGCGCGCGAGAUUCCCGUAGACCAGGGCCUACACCACCACGCCGAAGCGCCCGAAGCCGCAGGCUACACCAUCGCUGAGCUCGCCAUCAUGGGGCGCAGCAGCGUCGCUGCCCAACGGUGCGUAGCGUUCCAAACGCUCGGGCGGGUUCUGUACCGUCUUGGGCGGGGCGAGUUUGGGAUUGAGAGGGUCAGGCGGAAGACGGAUGGGCCGGUGCAGGUCGUUAAGAAUCCCAAUGUAGAAGAGGAAGAGGUCGAUGAGGAUGAAACUGAGGUUGAUAUGGAAGAUGCGGGGAGUGCUAUGGCAAGCGGGCUCUGGAAAGAGGUGGAGAGUGGAAAGGUGGUUGAGACGUUGACGGAGGAGGCCAAUAAGAGCAAGGGGCAUUUGACGAGUCGGACGUUCGCGCAGGAGGCGCUGUGGAAUUGGAGGAGGGGUGGGGGGAGGAAGAGGGCUGCCGUUUGA